CUCUGCUGCACGGCACGGCAGUUCGUGCGCGUCCAUUGCGAUAACAAUACCUCGGUUAUCCCUGUACAUAACUACUCUAGUACGGUUUUUAACAAUAACACAGUUUUUGGCUGAGAAAGUGGAGGAAGAAGAUUGUAGCUGCAGAGUUUUCUACUAGUUGGAAAAUUGGUGCAUUUGGAAUCGAUGACAAAAGUGAAAAAAGGGCUGUUGAGGUGCAAUUAAUUGUGGAAUAAAGUGAAAUGUGAAAAGCCGUACCUUGAUAUUGGGAGUGCUAGUGCCAGGAAAAGGAAAAUUUGGAUCCUAGUUGAACCCUUGAUAGGACAUACGCAGAAGAGAAGUGAAAAAGCAGGCCAGCUAGCUCACAUUUGAGCAGCGCCCCGAUAGACGCAAGAGAGCGAAUAAAAUGUCAUCCAGACGUUAUCCUUGAUAGAAAAAACCGCUCCUUUUUUAAAAAGGUGACUUUUUAAAAAAAGGACGCGUGAUGAAGCCAUUGCAGCCAGCCAUCAUGAGGGAGUCCUCCUGCCGUAGCACUAUUACUACUAUUACUAUCACAUCCAGGAGAAGAGCCAUGGGCAGCUCCAUCACUAGGGCGGCAGUCGUCAACUAUGGCAGUAGCAGUACCUUCAGCCGAGCUGCAAAACUCGGCUACCGCCGCUAUGGCCGGAUGCUCCCAUUCGCGUUGAUGGGGCUUUUGAUCGCCUCCUUUUGGCUGCCAUCGAACCUAGUUAACGCUGAUUCAACGGAUGUUUCAUACUAUGACCAAUACCCUACCGACUCAUCUUUACUAAUGAUAAACGGCACCAACUCAUCAAUAUCCACGCACAAGGACCCCCUGUUUCCCGAAGACUUAUUCACGCUAGAACAACGUCGUAAUGGUGCUGUUGUGUUACACAUUCUUGGCGUAAUCUAUAUGUUUGUCGCACUGGCAAUUGUUUGCGACGAGUUCUUUGUGCCUUCUUUAGACGUGAUCAUUGAGAAACUGGGCAUUACGGACGAUGUGGCCGGUGCGACCUUCAUGGCGGCCGGAGGAAGUGCCCCAGAACUAUUCACCAGCGUGAUCGGCGUGUUCGUUUCGUUCGACGAUGUCGGUAUCGGUACAAUUGUCGGUUCGGCCGUGUUCAACAUCCUGUUCGUUAUCGGUAUGUGUGCGUUGUUCUCCAAAACCCUUCUAACACUGACCUGGUGGCCGUUGUUUCGCGAUUGUACGUUCUACAGUGUUAGUUUACUUACGUUAAUCUAUUUUUUUCGUGAUAACUCGAUCGAGUGGUGGGAGGCGCUAGUGCUGUUUAUAAUCUAUAUCGCGUACGCAGUGUUUAUGAAGUUUAACCAAACAGUGGAGAGAUGUGUGAAAAAGAUUAUCUAUAAAAAUAAGGUGACCAGAGUACGAAGCACUGAUCAACUUAUGCCUGCAGUAAGUAGUUGAGGAUGCAUGUAAUUA